UUUGGCGGCUGGUGCUGAGGAAGGAGGCGGAGGCUGUGGUGACCGCGCGGGGAGGGGGAGUCCCGUCUGACUGAGACGGCAGGGCGGAGCGCCGGGCCGGGAGAUGAGCUAAGCUGGCUGCAAGCGCCGCGGCAUUCAGCCCCCUCGUGUCCCGCUCGCCGCGCGUGAGUGGAUAGGAUCCCGCAUCUCGGGCUCUUCCCGGUGCUUGCGCGGGGGCCGGCGGGGAGUAUUUCUCAAAUCCUAAGGCCCAAAGAACUCACACACUAGGAACUCUUUUCUCCAACCGAAGCUUCAGUAAUGUAGGCAGUCUGUCUGGGUAGCACAUGCUUGCCUACUUUGACCUAAUGGAGUGAGAUAAGAAAUUGAAAGCAUCUGGAUUGGUCAGAGAUUGAAAGGGAGAGCAACAAACCAAUCUCCAUUAGUUGCUGAAUGGAUAUAAACUCUGUGAUGGGAGAUGAUUGAAGACAAGGGGCCUCGUGUUGCUGACUACUUUGUUGUAGCAGGCUUAACUGACAUUUCAAAGCCUCUUGAAGAGGAAAUUCACUUCAACGAUGCCUGUCACAAAGUGGCAAGACCAAAAGAACCCAUCACAGAUGUUUCUGUUAUCAUCAAAUCCCUUGGGGAGGAGGUGCCUCGGGACUAUGUGUGUAUUGACGUAACCCCAACUGGAUUGUCGGCAGAUCUUAAUAAUGGAAGUCUUGUGGGACCCCAGAUUUAUCUUUGCUAUAAGAGAGGGAGAGAUAAGCCUCCACUUACUGAUCUGGGGGUAUUAUAUGACUGGAAAGAAAGAUUGAAGCAGGGCUGUGAGAUUAUUCAGAGCACCCCCUAUGGCCGACCUGCCAAUAUUAGCGGCAGCACCUCAUCACAAAGAAUCUACAUCACCUACCGAAGAGCCUCUGAGAACACCACUCAGAACACUCUGGCCGUCACAGACAUAUGCAUUAUUAUACCCAGUAAAGGGGAGAGCCCACCACACACUUUCUGCAAGGUCGACAAGAAUCUCAACAACAGUAUGUGGGGAUCUGCAGUGUAUUUAUGCUAUAAAAAGUCAGUGGCAAAGACUAACACUAUAUCUUACAAAGCAGGUCUAAUUUGCAGAUAUCCUCAAGAAGAUUAUGAGUCGUUCUCACUGCCAGAAUCUGUUCCCCUCUUUUGUUUACCAAUGGGGGCAACUAUUGAAUGCUGGCCACCAGACAGCAAAUACCCUCUUCCUGUGUUCUCUACAUUUGUGUUAACUGGAGCCUCAGCUGAAAAGGUCUAUGGUGCUGCUAUUCAAUUUUAUGAACCAUACUCCGAGGAGAACCUUACAGAAAAACAGAGACUUCUUUUGGGUUUAACAUCUCUGGUGGAUGGAAAGUCUGAUGGUUCUAGAACGAUUCACACUAACAAAUGCAUUUGUCUGCUUUCCCACUGGCCUUUUUUUGAUGCAUUCAGAAAAUUUCUGACUUUUCUGUAUCGCUAUUCCAUCUCUGGACCUCAUGCCCUUCCAAUUGAGAAGCAUAUUUCCCAUUUUAUGCACAAAGUUCCCUUUCCGUCCCCUCAGAGGCCACGGAUUUUAGUUCAGUUAUCCCCACAUGAUAACUUGAUUCUCAGUCAGCCUGUUUCUUCACCUCUUCCAUUAAGUGGUGGGAAGUUUUCAACACUACUCCAGAAUCUUGGCCCUGAGAAUGCUGUGACACUGCUGGUGUUUGCUGUAACAGAACAUAAAAUCCUUAUCCAUUCCCUACGACCCUCCGUGCUCACCAGUGUGACGGAAGCAUUAGUGUCUAUGAUUUUCCCUUUCCACUGGCCCUGCCCAUAUGUUCCUCUCUGCCCAUUGGCUCUCGCAGAUGUCCUCAGUGCACCAUGUCCAUUCAUAGUAGGCAUUGAUUCAAGAUACUUUGAUCUUUAUGACCCUCCACCAGAUGUCAGUUGUGUCGACUUAGAUACCAACACCAUUUCUCAAACUGGUGACAAAAAGAAUGUAGCUUGGAAGAUUCUUCCAAAGAAGCCGUGUAAGAAUCUGAUGAACACACUGCAUAAUUUGCACCAGCAGUUGGCAAAACUGCAGCAGAGACCAAGAGAUGAUGGACUAAUGGACUUAGCAAUGAAUGACUAUGAUUUUAAUUCCGGAAAGAGGUUGCACAUGAUAGAUCUGGAAAUCCAGGAGGCAUUCUUGUUUUUCAUGGCCUCUAUUUUAAAAGGUUAUAGAUCAUACUUAAGGCCAAUAACAGAAGCCCCAUCUGAGACAGCGACAGAUGCAACCUCGCUGUUUGCCCUUCAAGCUUUCUUAAGAAGCCGGGAUCGAUCACAUCAAAAAUUCUAUAACAUGAUGACCAAAACACAAAUGUUUAUUCGCUUCAUUGAGGAAUGUUCUUUUGUCAGCGAUAAAGAUGCAAGCCUGGCCUUUUUUGAUGACUGUGUGGAUAAAGUGGAUACGGACAAAAGUGGUGAAGUUCGACUUAUAGAACUGGAUGCGUCUUUCAAAAGUGAACAUACUGUCUUUGUGACACCGCCCGAGAUCCCCCAGCUGCCCAACGGGGAAGAGCCGCCAUUGCAGUACAGCUAUAAUGGAUUCCCAGUUCUCCGGAACAAUUUAUUUGAGAGGCCUGAAGGAUUUCUACAAGCAAGAAAGAACAAACUACCGUCAAAACCAAGCAGUCCUGGCAGUCCUUCUCCCAUGUUCAGAAGAACAAAGCAGGAAAUCAAAUCAGCCCAUAAGAUUGCAAAGAGGUAUUCCUCUAUCCCUCAGAUGUGGUCGCGGUGUCUGCUCCGUCACUGUUAUGGAUUGUGGUUUAUUUGUCUCCCAGCUUAUGUGAAGGUUUGUCAUUCCAAAGUCAGGGCUCUGAAAACAGCGUAUGAUGUACUUAAGAAAAUGCAGCUGAAGAAGAUGGAUCCACCUGAUGAGGUAUGCUACCGCAUUCUCAUGCAGCUCUGUGGACAGUACGACCAGCCUGUGCUUGCAGUUCGAGUGCUUUUUGAAAUGCAGAAAGCUGGUAUUGACCCCAAUGCAAUCACUUAUGGGUACUACAAUAAGGCUGUUUUGGAAAGUACAUGGCCUUCAAGAAGUCGUAGUGGCUAUUUCCUCUGGACAAAAAUAAGAAAUGUUGUUUUAGGAGUUGCACAGUUCAAAAGAGCUUUAAAGAAACAUCCACACUUACCACAGACAGCGCUCUCAGGUGGCCGGUCUGAUCUUGGAUAUGGUUCAUUAUCUAAAGACGAUGUUAGAAGAGAAGCUACAUCUACUGAAGACACUCAAGGGGAAAAGGAUAAAAAAGGGAGCGACUCUAGUUCCUUGUCAGAGAAUGAGAGUGCAAAAGGAAGUGCUGACUGCCUUCCUACUCUCAGUUACCAGAGUUCUUCCACUAUAGUUCGCCUCAAUGGUACAAAUCAGGACGGUGCUGAUAAAAUGUCUGGAGAAUGUGAGGAAAGCACACCUGAGCUGCUCUUAGUGCCAUCUCGUGAGGACACAAAUGAAGUACAAACCAUGCCAAGCAGAUGCUUUAGGAAAAGGCAUAAAAGUGAUGAUGAAUCUCAUUUGCAGCAGCAAAUGCCUUGGGGAAACAGGAACCGUAAUCUUAGUGGUGGGGUACUGAUGAGAUUUAUGCUGAACAGAAUUAACCAAGAAACAAACCCUGGAGAUAUGGUUGAAAAGUUAGGCGCUGAUGCAAAGAUUCUUUCAAAUGUUAUCUCAAAAAGCACAAGACCAAAUAGUCUUGAUAUUGGAAAGCCACCGGUAAGAUCAAAAAGAGACAGCCUAGAGAAGGAGUCUAGUGACGAUGACACACCUUUCGAUGCUUCUAACUGCUUGGAUAAAGUGGAGUCUCCUGUUAUUUUUGACUUAGAAGAUUUAGACACAGAAACAGAUGGUUCAAAAGUGGGAUGUGUCGCUGCACAAAAUCCCAAGAGGCUUCAGCGAAUGAACAGCAGCUUUUCAGUAAAACCGUCUGAAAAAACAGAUGUUGUAACAGGAUUUGAUCCUCUCUCGCUCUUGGUUGCUGAGACUGAGCAGCAGCAGAAAGUGGAAGAGGAAGAGGACGAAGAUGAUAACAAGAGCAUCUCAACGCCAUCUGCCAGGCGUAAUUUAGCUGAAGAAAUUGAGAUGUACAUGAAUAACAUGAGCAGUCCUUUGACAAGCCGUACACCAAGCAUUGAUUUACAGCGAGCAUCUGAUGAGAAGUUAACCAAUAAGAAAAGUCCAACAUUGGUCAAGGCCUGCAGAAGAUCAAGCCUGCCUCCUAAUUCUCCUAGGCCAGUGAGACUUACCAAAUCCAAAAGUUACACCAAAAGUGAGGAGAGACCAAGGGAUAGACUGUGGUCCUCACCAGCCUUCUCACCCACUUGUCCAUUUAGGGAAGGAUCACAAGAAACACUAGCCCAUUCAUCACCCUCAUUUAACUUAGACACACUGCUGGUACCUAAACUUGAUGUUCUAAGACACAGUGUGUUCACUGCUGGGAAAGGAGUUGCAGAGAAAGCAAGCAAAUGGUACUCAAGGUUCGCCAUGUACACCACGUCGUCAAAGGAUCAAAGUUCUGAUCGUACCAGUCUUUCUUCAGUGGGAGCCCAGGAUUCUGAAUCUACCUCUUUGACAGAUGAAGAUGUCUGCCAUGAGUUGGAAGGAGCCACUUCCUCCCAAGAAAGCAGUGCGGCUUCAGGGACCAAGGGAAUUGAUGCCAGCCGGGCCAGCCUGGGGAGCUCUGCCUCCUUAGAAGGAUCCCUGUCAAAGUUUGCCUUACCUGGAAAAACAGAGACUGCAUCUUCUCUCAACACCAGUAACACCAAUAUCUUCCAGAACUAUGCAAUGGAGGUUCUCAUUUCAAGUUGCUCUCGGUGUAGGACUUGUGACUGUCUCGUCCAUGAUGAGGAAAUCAUGGCUGGCUGGACAGCAGAUGAUUCGAAUCUCAAUACUACAUGCCCGUUUUGUGGCAAUCUCUUCUUACCCUUUCUGAAUGUUGAAAUCAGAGAUUUAAGAAGACCUGGACGAUAUUUCUUGAAGUCCAGCUCAUCAACGGAAACUAUGCACUUUGCAUCUUCUUUCUCAAGUCGGACAAGGCAGUCUUACAUUUCAGCAUCGGCCUCUGGUCUUGACACAUCUUCUCUCUCUGUUCAAGGGAACUUAGAUCUAAAUAACAAAUCUAAACUACAGGAAAAUCCAUGUGCCCGAAGUAUUCAGAUCCCUGCUCACAGAUCAAAAACUGUUGUGUCAAAAUGCCCAUUAUUCCCAAUGGCCAGGAGCAUCAGCACAUGUGGCCCCUUGGAUAAGGACGAGCCUGGGGGACAGAAGCUCAUUCCUACAGGCAGCCUGCCGGCCACUUUACAAGGACCUACAGAUUCUUUAGGGUUAGAAUGGCACCUACCAAGUCCAGACCCUGUCACUGUCCCAUACCUUAGCCCCUUAGUGGUGUGGAAGGAACUUGAGAGCUUAUUGGAAAAUGAAGGUGACCAUGCAAUAACAGUGGCAGACUUUGUGGACCAUCAUCCGAUUGUCUUUUGGAACCUGGUGUGGUAUUUUAGACGCCUCGACUUGCCCAGUAACCUGCCUGGAUUGAUUCUUUCUUCUGAGCAUUGUAAUAAGUAUUCAAAGAUUCCCCGCCACUGUAUGUCUGAAGAUAGCAAGUAUGUUUUAAUACAGAUGUUAUGGGACAACAUGAAAUUACAUCAGGAUCCAGGGCAACCCCUGUACAUCCUCUGGAAUGCCCACAGUCAGAACCGCACUCUUCUGUUUGAGACUCAAAAAUAUCCAAUGGUCCAUUUGUUACAAAAAAGUGAUAACUCCUUUAACCAGGAACUGUUGAAAAGCAUGGUGAAAAGCAUUAAAAUGAACGAUGUCUAUGGACCCAUGAGUCAGAUUUUAGAGACCCUGAGUAAGUGUCCACACUUCAAAAGACAGCGGAGUUUAUAUAGAGAAAUAUUAUUUCUCUCACUUGUGGCACUGGGAAGAGAAAACAUUGAUAUAGAUGCGUUUGACAAAGAAUACAAGAUGGCUUAUGAUCGUCUCACACCAAGUCAAGUCAAGAGUACACAUAACUGUGACAGGCCACCAAGCACGGGAGUGAUGGAGUGCCGGAAAACCUUUGGCGAACCUUAUCUUUAAGACGUGUGUGUAUAUGUAUACAUUCAAUAUAUAUUGUAUAGUCAGUGUACAAAGUAACACUUUUAGACUCUAAACUCCACGUUUUGAGAAUGCAUUUGUAAAUGGAUUGGAAAGUUCAGGUGGCUUUGUACAGAACGCUUUUGUGAGACAACAGUGACCGACAGGGAGAGAGCCACUUACUUCCCAUUUAUUUCUUCUUUAUCACCCCUGUAAAGUAAUCAACUACUCUAUGAUGAGGAAGUCUCUUUUAAAACAUUGGUUGCCACAAAAUUAGACUUUCUUAUGGUUUCUCUUGGAAGAGACAGGUGGGAAAAUCACGUGUGGAGCAUAAGCAGAGAUGUCAGAUCCAAGUGUGUCCUGCUUUCGUGGACGUCCGUGGACUGUUCACGCGUUACCAUGAAGUUCUAUUAUACAUAUUUUAAAUUGUUUAUAGUAAGUUGAUAUUUUUUUAAUUUUUAAAUUUAAUAUAGCAAACUUAAAAUGAAUUUAAACUUAUGAAACAA